CUAAAAAAAAAACAGUUUUACACAUGUUUUCAUUCUCAUAUUCUGAUUUGAUCUCAUUAAAAUCGACUGGUUUCAAAUUUAUAAAUGCCAUUUUCAAUCAUGUCAUGUGUGCAUCCUGUUGGAUUUUUAAAUAAGAUUACAGACAAUCUACAAUUCCCUAUGCAUAUACUGUGUUUUUAAUUUAUAACUUAAAAUAGUUUACUUAAUAAUACCAUUCAUAUGCAUAUUAUCUGUCAGCAGCGCAUUUACAUUAGAUGAACAUUGUUUUGGAUUUUACAAACAGAUGCAACAGAAGAAUUUUCUAUUGAUUUACUCUAAUUGGAUUGUUUGCGAAAUAAUCGACGUGCCCUUUAUUCUCAAGGGAGAGUGCUCGUGUCUUGCCUUAUCCAGUGAGUGAGGGAUUUCAGCACCCCGCCUCUCUGGACAGCUCCUAAACCAGCGCGCGCAGGAUCCUGAUGACAGAACAUUGGUGCCCACGAGGAAUGCGGUUGCUCUUGAGAUAAACAGACAUAUUCAGAUAUUCCUUAAACUUGCAUUUUCUGUUCUGUGAGGUCUAAAGAUCAAAUCCAUGGCUGAAAGAAGACUUCUUCACCAGGAUGACGACAAUGGUUCCCUGCUCUCCAAACUUGGGACAGACAGCCCCAAACCCAGGGUGAAGUUUGGAGGCAUGUUCUGUAACAUCGAGGGAGCUUAUGAAAAUAAGACCCUGAAUUUUGAGUCGUACAGCCCCGGAACUGCCAGAAGAAAUCAUAAGGGAAGAGUCGAUGACCAGAAAGACAAUUUCAGCGAUACUUCGAGUCUGAGCAACUUCUCCAGCGCGAGUCAAACACAACCCAGCCCGUCCAGUGCUUCACCGGGUCAGACCAUCGUAUAUCCAACCGGACACAACCGUGCGCAAAACGGGAAACGAGAGGGUGAUAAGCUCAUCAUUAAAGGUGGAAAAAUCGUAAAUGACGACCAGUCGUUUUAUGCUGAUAUUUACAUUGAAGAUGGGAUUAUUAAGCAGAUUGGGGAGAAUCUCAUUGUACCUGAGGGUGUAAAGACUGUGGAUGCAUACGGGCACAUUGUGAUCCCCGGGGGUAUCGAUGUGAACACCUGUCUGCAGGCUUCUCACCUGGGCAUGAGCCCGGCAGAUGAUUUCUAUCAUGGCACCCGUGCUGCUCUGGCUGGAGGAACCACUAUGAUCAUUGACCAUGUCGUGCCUGAACCGGGAUCUAGUUUAAUGUCGGCUUAUGAUCAUUGGAGGGAUACAGCGGACAAGCGGUCGUGCUGUGACUACUCUCUGCACAUUGAUAUCACACGCUGGCAUGAUGGUCUGUUUGAGGAACUUGAGACUCUGGUCAAAGAUAAAGGCGUAAACUCCUUCCUUAUCUUCAUGGCUUAUAAGGACCAAUAUCAGAGCUCUGAUACACAGAUCUAUGAGAUGUUUGGUGCUAUGAGAGAUCUGGGGGCCAUCGCACAAGUUCAUGCUGAAAACGGUGACAUCAUUGAAGAGGAGCAGAAGAAUGUUUUGGAUCUGGGAAUCACUGGACCGGAAGGACAUGUACUAAGUCAUUCAGAGGAGAUUGAGACUGAAGCUGUGUAUCGAGCUAUCACCAUUGCUAAACAGGCCAACUGUCCGCUCUACAUCACCAAAGUCAUGAGUAAAUCAGCUGCUGAUGUCAUCGCCAAGGCCAGGAAAAAGGGGAUGGUCAUCUAUGGGGAGCCCAUUGCCGCCAGCCUCGGCACGGACGGAUCACACUAUUGGAGUAAAGACUGGGCCAAAGCUGCUGCAUUUGUAAUGUCUCCGCCCCUUAAUCCUGACCCUAGCACUCCAGAUUACCUCAAUUCACUCUUAGCCUGUGGUGAUCUUCAGGUUACCGCCAGCGCCAACUGCACCUUCACUACCGCCCAGAAAGCCAUUGGGAAGGACGAUUUCACCCUUAUCCCAGAGGGAACCAAUGGCAUAGAGGAGCGUAUGAGCAUCAUAUGGGACAAAGCUGUGGCGACGGGUAAAAUGGAUGAGAAUGACUUUGUUGCGGUAACCAGCACAAACGCUGCAAAAAUCUUCAACGUGUAUCCUCGCAAGGGCCGAAUCGCUGUUGGGUCCGAUGCCGAUCUUGUUAUCUGGAACACCAAGGAGACUAAACUAAUCUCUGCCAAAUCUCAUCAUCUGACAGUGGAGAUGAAUAUCUUUGAGGGAAUGGAGUGCCGUGGCUUCCCUGUCGUGGUCAUCAGUCAAGGCAGGAUUGUUUUAGAAGAUGAAAAACUGAAUGUGAUUGAGGGCUCAGGGCGCUUCAUCCCAAGAAAAGCUUUUCCAGACUACGUCUACAAGAGAAUCAAAGCCCGAGGCAGGAUGGCAGAUGCUCGUGGGGUUCCCAGAGGAAACUAUGAUGGGCCGGUCCAUGAUGUCAUCAGUAUGAGCAAAUCUGUAUUGUCCACUCCAACCACUAGGGGCCCCAUGUGUCCAGGAAAGACUCCACUUGGACCCGGCAGAAACUUGCACCAGUCUGGAUUCACCCUAUCUGGCACUCAGUCGGACGAUCACAUUCCCAGGCGUACAGCGCAGAGGAUUGUAGCUCCCCCUGGAGGCCGUUCAAAUAUCACAUCCCUCUCCUGAGUCACGUUUGCGCCAAGCAGAAGUUCAGAUUCCCCGCCUUCCGAUUUUAUAUCACCUGUACCAUGCAAAUAUUUAUCUCAAUAAGUUCAUACACUCAUCAUGACCUCUGGCUAUGCAGCAACUAUAGCUUUCCAUGAAAUCAUAAUCUCUGUUAUCUGAUCAGACUCACUCAUAAUGUAGCAUGCAUGCUCCUUUGAUCAGAUUCACUCAGACUUCUCUCUGCUUUAGCGUAGCAUCGAUGGCGUAAAGACGGUUAGUGACUGUUAGUGUUUGUGAACUGAAUGCAUCUCAUGCACUGCCAUGAACCCGUGUUUUCAUCUUCCAGUAGCAUCAGAAUAAACGUUAAGGUAAAAGGAUUCAUUUCUGUGCCACUAGCAGCAUCUGCACUUUUAUUUCGACUGGAUAUAGCAACGUUCACUACUUUGGCGCGCUGCAAUAUGUCAAAUAGUCGGCCAUAUUGGGAAGGGCAAACUGCCCUAUAAAGUUUAUCUGGAUAAAUGACACAAUAACAUUUACAUUUCUUAAGCGAGGUCUGUGGAUUAUGAUUGACAGCAGACGACUCCGGGCCAGAACUCUGGAACUGCUGACUUUGGCAGAGUUCCGGUGCAGAUUCGUCUGCUGUAUUUUGUAAAGUACAAAAACGUUUCCAGUUACUACUUCAUUGUCAGAAAAUGAAUUAGUGUCAGCUUUGAAAUUAGUUAUUGUGCUAUCCAGAAAAAUGCAGAUCCCCAUUUGCCCUCCGAAAUAUAACAUCGACUUGCUACGUCAAUAGGCUCAACCUAUAUACUUGUGGUUGUGCAUUAUUCUUUGCUGUCUCCAGUGGUGCAGAAAUGACACGCGUCACUUAUAAGGAUCUGUGUGAUCUGUUAAUGUGCUUUAAAGGAAAAUCAAGAACUACCUACCGAUGGUCUUAGUCCUAGGGUAUUAAAAAAGAAACCAUUAUUGAUAGCUCUGUCUAUGUAUCUCGUAAAAAAAUAUUUGCUGCCUUAACCAUUUUUGUUGAAUCAAUUCGGAUAUACAAGUCAUUUCAACUUACUAUUAUUUAUCUUGACUAGAGAUGAGUUGUUAUAACUGCAGGUGAGUUGUUAUAACUUAUAAAAUUAACUUAAUUUUAUAAGUUGUGACAACUCAUCUCUGUUGACAUGACAUGUAAAUCUGAGUUGAUUUAACAAAAAAUUUUAAGGCAGCAAAGUAUUUUUUACAUUGUACGAAUAGAUCAAAAACUGUAUUGUAGAUGAACGCUUAUAACAGCAUUUAUGAUUAUGAUCAUUGUGCUAAUAAUCAUCAUUACACAGAUAUAGCAAUCAGCAAUGCAUUUGAUGAUUUUUAUAUGUUUCUAAUAAAAACAUUUGGUGCUCUCGAUCUGUACACAUGCCAGUGUAUUACUGUGCAGACGUCAAUUUUUGAAACCAGGCAAAACUUUUUCAUUUUUUUUAGGUGUUUAUAUUUCUGUAAUGCAUUUCAUUACAGAUAGCCUUUUUGUAGUCUUAACCAGUGUUUGCUGGAAUCCUACACGUUAGAUGUAAUUUUCGUGAGAUGUGUCAAGGCCUGUCGAAGACAGUCAACUAAAGGAAACUCGAUCUGUGGAUUGUCUUUUGUACCUACUUGUGUUCAUUUUAUGUAAAUAUAAAUUUUUCUUUUUUGUGCAUGAUUUGCAUGUCCUCAAUAAAAAUAUAACUAGUUAAAAGA